AACACUUAAUCUCACACGGCACAAGGUUUCUCCAAGCACAGGGCUGAAUACUUAAUUCAAAAUACUAGUCAAAAAAAAGUACUGACUUUGUGGCUCUGUUCGCAACCCAGAGCUAGUGAACGCCAACCAGGAACUCUUAACUGUAAAGCACUCCGGAUCGAGGAGGAAAGCACGUUGCGUUGUCAAAGGCAAUAAAACAAAUGAGUGACUAAUGUGAAGAUAGAACAGAAUAAUAAAAUCAAACUGCAGGAAAGGAACACAACACCAGAUUCACAAUCGCGAGGAAGUUACUCAACGUUCCAGAGAAAGGGAACGCCAGGGAUGCUGGCACAUCCUCGCAGUCGGAUCACUCAGAUUGUUUUUUGAGGGCAUAAAUCGGGUGCUUUGACUGAACAAAAUCUUCUCAGUGAUGGACUUUCUCAAAGCAGUGGACAUUGAAGAAACAGGAAUUGGUCUGAAUCUUCCAGAAUUUUUUUAUUAAGUGUUAAAAUGAUCCGGAAACUGAAACGCUGUGUGUUUCCUCUGUUCUUGAUCUUUGCCCUGGCUUUGGCUUUCUUAAUAAUGAUCAAGCUUCAGUUGGGGCUUGUGUCCUGCAAUGAGGGGAAUCGGUUGCCGGGCGAAACGUUCCAUGGUACCUCAGGCAUCAGCCGAGCUGUGUUCAACCCCAACAAGUACUCAAAGCUGGAGUUGCAUCCAGACCCAAUUUACAAUGUAAACUGCACAGCAAUGAUCAAAAGGGACUUCAAUGGCACACUGCAGGGUCAGUUCCUACAGAGUUCCAAUCAGAGUAAAAUCUCCUCCGACUCCUAUUAUGUCAGCUCCCUGCAGCAGUGCCAGACAUUUAUAAGGACCAGAAAGUACAUCACGUUCUCACUGAGCAGAGAAGAGGAGGAAUUCCCAAUUGCUUAUUCCAUGGUCAUCCAUCAAAGAUCCGAUCACUUUGAAAGGCUGCUCAGAGCCAUCUACGCGCCGCAGAAUAUCUACUGCGUCCACAUCGACAAUAAAUCCUCGCAUGAUUUCAAAGCUGCCGUCAGGAGUGUGGCCGCCUGCUUCCCCAACGUAUUUGUCGCCAGGAAACAGGAGAAUGUUGUCUACGCCUCCUGGGCCAGGGUGCAGGCAGACCUGAACUGCAUGGAGGAAUUGCUGGCCAGACACCGGAGCUGGAAAUACUUCAUCAAUCUCUGCGGCAUGGACUUCCCCAUCAAAACCAACCUCGAGAUCGUCCAACAGCUCAAGCUGCUACGAGGGCAAAAUAGCCUUGAGACCGAGCAGGCCCCCAAGGCCAAACGGGUGCGGUGGAAAUUCCAUUUCAAUAUCAUUAACGGGAAGUUGAAGAAGAGCAAUGUUACCAAGAAUCUAUUGACUGGCGUGACCAACAUCUUCAGUGGCAACGCCUACAUAGUGGUCAGUCGGCGCUUUGUGGAGCAUGUCUUCAAGGACCCAGAGGUGCAAGUCCUGAGGGAGUGGGCGAAGGACACGUACAGCCCUGACGAGUUCCUCUGGGCCACACUGCAGAGGUUACCGGGGGUGCCCGGCUCCAUGCCCAGGCAUCGCAAGUAUGACACGAAUGAUAUGAAGUCGGUGGCCAGGCUGGUGAAGUGGAAAUACUUUGAGGGAGAUUUGGCCCGUGGCAAGGCCUACCCACUGUGUGCUGGCAUCCAUCGUAGGGCUGUCUGUAUAUACGGUGCUGGUGACCUGAACUGGAUGCUACAGCAGCCUCACUUCUUUGCUAACAAGUUUGACACAAAUGUAGACGCCAUGGUGCUGGAGUGUCUGGACCAUUACCUGCGUCACAGAGCUCUGGCCGCCAGUGGCUUUAGCUAUGCGUGCUAGCCUUGGCUCCUGCCAACCUCCGCCUAAUACUUUCUGG